CCUCCUCCUCUCCCCUCCCCACACUCCCCCCUCCCCCCACACACAGACACAUCUUCUCCACACCCUUACCUUCCUCAACCUCCCUCAUACCAUGAGCGAUCCCAACCCGGUGCCUGCGGCUACGACCGAGGGCGACGAGACGACGACGGCAACCGGCGGAGAGACGGUGGCUCCGGCGAUGGUGCUGCCGUCGAUGGUGGCGCCGCUGGCAGUCAAAGAGUCGAUCAACCCAGAAGGCGCAGGCGUGCGGGCGUACUUGGAGCAGACGGUCGUCCCGCUGCUGCUGCAGGGCAUGAACCAGCUGGUCAAGGAGCGGCCUGUCAACCCCGUCGAGUACCUCGCCCUCUACCUUCUCAAGCACAACCCGGAGAAGCCGACAGAUGCCGACGCGCCCGCAUCCUCCUCGUAGUCGUCCCCAAAACGUGCCGCCCUCAUCGCGUCGUGCCGUCUCGAGUCGCUGGCUCGCCCGUUGCCAGGCAACCAGCUCGGCCGAGUAUUCCACACGCCGAAGCCUUCCGACCAUUCCGACUGCCGUCGCGGCAAAACCGCGUCGCAUACUGCGCGCGGCCGAGUGAAACCCGAGUGCACA